UAGAUGGACCAACAUAUUUCUCUAAGGAUUCUAAGAAUCAUUCUAGUGAUGACACGUGGCUACAAAAAAAUGUUGCAAUGCUUCUCAAAUAAUAUAUAAGGGAUUGUAAACCCGUUUGAACUUGUUCUAAUUCGAGUUUGGGUUUCUAAAACAAUGAUAUUUGUUUGGGUUGAGUUCGGAUAAACUCAAUAUCCGGAAUAUUGUAAAACAAGAUCUCUUCGGAUAUUAUGUCAUGUCGAGAAAUCUCCUAGUAUAGUUCUAAAAUUUUUUUUGUCACAAAUAUAGUUUUUAAAGAUUAAAAUGACCAUAAUAUUUUAUUAAGAUGUGUGUUUUUGUGUUUAGGAUUUAGAAUUUAGAGUUUUAGGUUUAUGAUUUAAGAUUUCGAGUUUAAAGUUAAGGGGUGGGAUUUUGGAGGUAUGAUUUCAAAUUUUAAAAACUAAAAAAAUAUUAAAAUUUUCUAAAGAAAAAACCUAUUUUGAUCAUUUUGUUUUUUUAGAUCUAUUUUUGUAACAAAAACUUAAAAAUGUCUAUUUAAAAGAAUUGUCUUAUUAUAUUAGCUUCAAUUUGGUUAAAAUUUAUCUUUUUGGAUCCGAUCAGUUCAAAUUUUUGAGUUUAGUUUUCUUGCCCACCCCUGAUAAGUUCAUUGAAAGGCCGCCGCAAACAAGCAGUGCUUCAAUCUAACGUCAAAUAAAAAGGCAGAGAGAUGUAAUAUUUAUGUUUCAAUCUAAUGCAGGCAGUUUCUCUAGAACGGUGUGUGAAGAAAGACGAAGCAAACUUACUUUUUACUGUUUAAUAUUUAUGUUUACAAAUUCCAGGAGAGAUUUUGAUCCGACACAAGAUUUGACAUUAACUUCUUUUUUUUACAACAACAUUAACUUUUAGAAAAAAAAGUUCCAAAACAUCAAACCUUCCUUUUACGGAUAUAUAAUGAUAUAGACCCAAGUUUAAGGAAACUUCAAUGCGUGUGUCUUCCUGUUACGUUAUAGGUUGGCUCCAUUUGAACUUAAAAAGGAAAUUCUCUAUAGUCGGUGCUCGAAAUUCGAAGCUGCGUUGACAUUACAAAAUAUUAAGAAUCAUCCAAUCCGAUACAAAUGUCUAAAAUUAUUCGGUUUGUAACACUAAAGAAGUGACGAAAUUAUUAUUUUUAGUUUGAUUCGUUUUUAACAGCAAACAACGUAUCAAAUAAUCCAUAUUAGAAAGCUGUGACCCAACGAAAGCACAUGCACCAUUAAUGAUCAACCACAUGAAACUAUCAUCUCUCUUUCUCUUUGCGUUUCAUUUCCAGCAGCUAUAUAAACUAAUGUCACUUGCCUCAACUUCCAUCAACAGUAUUACAUCUGAGAUCUACAAAAAUGAAGUCUUCUUGCGGUACAAGGUUCACGUUCUUGGCUCUCUAUCUCUUUGCACUACAAUGUGUCUAUGCGGGUAGCUUCCACAAAGAUGUGAAUAUACACUGGGGUAAUGGACGUGGAAAGAUUCACGACAAUGAAGGCAAACUUCUUUCUCUUUCGCUUGACAAAUCCUCUGGAUCCGGUUUUCAAUCCAACCAAGAGUUUCUAUAUGGCAAAGCUGAGGUUCAGAUGAAGCUUGUCCCUGGUAACUCCGCUGGAACAGUCACAACUUUCUAUCUUAAGUCCCAUGGAACUACGUGGGAUGAGGUUGACUUCGAGUUCUUGGGAAACAUUACUGGUCAUCCGUAUACUCUCCAUACUAAUGUUUACACAAAAGGAUUAGGAGACAAAGAACAACAGUUUCAUUUAUGGUUUGACCCAACCGUUAACUUUCACACUUAUUGCAUCACAUGGAACCCUCAAAGGAUCAUUUUUACAGUUGAUGGCAUUCCCAUUAGAGAGUUCAAGAACUCCGAGUCUAUUGGAAUACAUUUCCCAAAGAGCCAACCAAUGAGAGUCUACGCGAGUCUUUGGGAAGCCGAGCAUUGGGCUACAAGGGGAGGAUUAGAGAAAACAGAUUGGUCAAAAGCUCCCUUCACUGCUUACUACAGAAACUACAAUGUCGAAGGAUGUGUUUGGGCUAAUGGUAAAUCAUCUUGCCCCAAGAAAUCCCACUGGUUUACGAAGAAACUGGGCAAGGGGGGUAUGAAUAAAGUGAGAUGGGCGCAAAGAAAGUACAUGGUGUAUAACUAUUGCACCGAUAAGAAAAGGUUUCCUCAAGGUGUUCCUGCUGUGUGCACUUAAAGUACUACUAUUGAUUAUUGAAUAAGUUACUUGGCAUUGUCUUUGUAACCCCACAAGAGUUUUGCUUUCAAUUGUUGCUCAUAUAUAUGUGUGCAUGUGUAAGAUUUUUAAAUUAAUAGUGAAUAAUAAACAUAUGUAAUCAAAAGUUUUCGUUACUAAAAGUUUAACUGGCUCCACUUGAUGUGUGAAACUUGUAAAUUAUUGAGAGAGCACUGAGAAAUGAUCAUUACAAAAAUAACACAACAAUUAUUGGGACUAGUUUGUCAAAAUAAAAAUCUCAAAUAUACUAGCUUACUCGUCGAAGCUUAUAUUAUAACGUUUAGUUACUAUUUUAAGAUCCGCCCAAUGAGAAUUGUAUAUAUAAAUUAUUUUAUGUACUAUUACUUAUUUUACAUUCUUUUACAUACUAUAAAAUAACAAAAUAAUAAAUAUUUAUUUAAUAAUUGAGAAAUCAUUAGUUAUUACGUAUAUUAUAAAAUUAACGCAAACACAUAGAUUAAAAUUACAACUCUUGUUUAUUUACAAUUAUUUUAUGCUAAGUAAUUUAAAUAAUCACUUUUAUCUAUUUAUAUGGUAUAUAAUUAAAUUUAAAUAUAUUAACAUAAAUAUAUAAUGUAUUUUAAUAAGACUUUUCUAACAAAAAAUUUUAACUACUGAUAACAAAAUUUUCAUUGUGAGAUUUUUAAUAGUUUCAAUAAUUUAUAAUCGUUCUUUAAAAUCACUACAAAUUUUGAAAUUAAAAUGUUAAGUUCUCAAUACUUGUUCAAUGCAAAUUUUGAAAUAAAAAUAUUUUUAAUAGGUAUAUAUAUAUAUAUAUAUAUAUAUAUAUAUAUAUUAUUCUGAAUACAUAUUAAAUGAUAUUUUUACACAUAUGGUUUUAUGAUCAUUUGUCUUUCUUAUAAUUAAAAAUUUAAAUAAUUGAUCACAAAAAUUUCAAUAUGAAACUUAUAACAGCUUUACUAAUUUAUACUCACUUUUUUAAAUUCAAAAUAUAAUAUAUACGAAAAAAUCUAAAUUUUAUUAUAUGGUUAAUGUGAUCGUUUUAUUUAUUUUAAUAAUAUAAAAUUAACAAAAUAAUUGAGUAUAAACAAAUUGUUAUCAAUUCUUUAUUAUUUAAAUUAUUAAUUGUCAUACAUAUAUUUUAAUCAUAUUAGGUAAUUUUGUAACUUUUAUUUAAGAAAGAAGAAAAAAUUUUAAUUCUACAUAAUUAGUUAAUUUUAUAAUUGGUUUACUGAAAAUAUAAUAUAUAUUAAGAUGGACUAAUCUCUUAUAUAUUAAAGGAGAAGCAUUGUAAUAAAUGCAUUCACACUAUAAUAGACACGUGGCAGCCUCACAAUGACUUGAUAAUAAAUAUGUUAAUGUGUUCACACUAUAUUCAUAAAUGUAUUCACACUAUAUACUUUGUAUUUUUUAAUAUAAAACUCAUAUGCAUGGUUCAAAUAGAACUUUGGAUUUUUCGGUUCGAAUCAAAACAAAUAACGAAUCAAAAGCUAAAUAUAUAUAUAUAUAUAUAUAUAUAUAUAUUAUUUUAUUGUUUACAGAUAAAGUUGGGCAAAAUAUUUAUAAAUUUUGAUUUAAUUCGUUAUCCGUUUUGAUUUGAACCAAAAAAAUAUGGACAUCCGUAACGCUACGAAGCAAAUCAAUUAUUAAAAUACAAUUAAAAAAAAAGCAAAUCACUAAUACCAAUAUUUUUAGGAAUGGAUAUGAAAUUCGAUCUGUUAUAUGCAUAUAUAUACAUAUAUGUACAAAAUUAUAUAUAUAUAUAUAUAUAUAUAUAUAUAUAUAUAUAUAUAUGUCAUAAAUAUUAUAGUUUAUAUAAGUUUUACAAUAUUUUUAUGGAUUAAAUUUAUUAU